GGGCGCGGGGCCGCCGCGCCGGAAGUGCCCGCGCCGCCGGAGGAAGCGCAGCGGGCGCCGAGCGGCCGAGCCGGCGGGAAGGUCCCUGGCUCCUCGGCCGGGCAGGGGCUGGCGGGAGCAGGCGGCAGCGGCGCCGCGGCCCCAAGCCUUCCUUGAGACCCGGCGCGGCCAGUACCCGGGACGGGACCCGGGCGGGGAGGAAGUAGGGAGGAGGCCGCGCUGAAGCCCGGCGGCGAGCUCCGAGGCCCAGCGGCCUGGGCCGCGUCACCGCAGCCACAUGGCCUCCGGAGUGGGCGCGGCCUUCGAGGAGCUGCCGCACGACGGCACGUGUGACGAGUGCGAGCCGGACGAGGCUCCGGGGGCCGAGGAAGUGUGCCGAGAGUGCGCCUUCUGCUACUGCCACCGCCACGCCGAGGCGCACAGGCAGAAGUUCCCCAGCCACCACCUGGCCCAGUACGUCCACGGCCCCGCCCAGGCCUGGACCGCCGGAGCCCCGGGGCAGGGCGACGCCAAGGAAGAAGCCGAGGCCAAGGUGGAGAAUGAGCGGGACCUAGAGAGCGAGGUGGGGGAGGAGAGCGAGUCCGAGGAAGACAGUGAAUCCGAAGAAGAGAGCGAGACGGAGGAAGAGAGCGAGGAUGAGAGCGAGGAUGAGAGUGAAGAGGACAGUGAGGAAGAAAUGGAGGAUGAGCAAGAGAGCGAAGCAGAGGAAGACAACCAAGAAGGAGAAUCCGAGGCUGAGGGAGAAACGGAGGCAGAAAGUGAAUUUGACCCAGAAAUAGAAAUGGAAGCGGAGAGAGUGGCCAAGAGGAAGUGUCCGGACCAUGGGCUCGAUUUGAGCACCUAUUGCCAGGAAGAUAAGCAACUCAUCUGUGUCCUGUGCCCUGUCAUUGGGACUCACCAGGGCCACCAGCUCUCCACCCUAGACGAAGCCUUCGAAGAACUAAGAAGCAAAGACUCAGGUGGACUGAAGGCGGCUAUGAUAGAGUUGGUGGAAAGGUUGAAGUUCAAGAGCUCAGAUCCUAAAGUAACCCGGGACCAGAUGAAGGUGUUUAUACAGCAGGAAUUUAAGAAAGUUCAGAAAGUGAUUGCUGAUGAGGAGCAGAAGGCCCUUCAUCUAGUGGACAUCCAGGAAGCAAUGGCCACCGCUCAUGUGACUGAGAUACUGGCAGACAUCCAGUCCCACAUGGACAGGUUGAUGACUCAGAUGGCCCAAGCCAAGGAACAACUUGAUACCUCUAAUGAAUCAGCUGAGCCAAAGGCAGAGGGUGACGAGGAAGGACCCAGCGGUGCCAGUGAAGAAGAGGACACAUGAAGGCUUGCCAUCCCCCGUGGAGACUCAUCCCUUCCCCCUGUGUGUAUGUGACGGCGUGUAUGUAGUGGCUUCUGAGUUCUGUGAAAGCUGCCCAGCAACAAACGUACUUCUACUGGACACAUCCCCAGAUCCACAGCAGGCACAUCUCUCUCCAAGGGAUGACCAAUUUUAUUGUUACUGACUGUGCUUUUCAUUCUCUUGUUGUGGUAGCUCAAGAAAAAAUGCCCCUAUGAUCAACCAGGAGCAGUUAAUUAAGAAGCGUCCUUCAGGUAGUCCCUCAAUGGCUGCUUUGAACUUACUCAGGAAAGUCAGCCCCCGUGAUAUUGUAUACCCAGAUAGCAUUGCUUUAUCUGGAAGGAUCUGGAAUAAUCCUGAAGGGCAGUCAGAAUUUUUUCCCUACCUGCUAAUAAAACCCCACUUUAUUUAUAUUGCAGCAUGAAAUAGUGGGGGGCACGGUAGGGCUUUGUAGAUAGUCUCUAAAAGUCCAAUUAUACAUUUGUGAAAAUGUGGCUCCACGAAGUAAGAUGGGUGGCGUGAAGACGGGGUUGGAGAAAGAGUUAAAAGUUCGAAAUACAGGGAUAUUUUUAGUACAUGAGGUUAUCCAGCACUUCAAAUCCAUAAUUCAGUUCUGUGGAAAUGAAAAAAAUGAUUGAAGAGGUAGAAAGGAAAUGACUUAAAAAAAAAAAAAAGGACCAAAGAGAUCUGAUUAAAAGUUGAAAUCAGUAUUUCUGAACUCAAAUUGCCUGAGUUUCCAAAAUAGUCACUAAAGGAUCUGAUGGAACCUGAAUUAUUUGGGUGCUUUCUGCCGGUUUUCUGGGUCUUGUCGCAACAUGAAGGCCAGGAUGUGUAUUACCAAGUGGGGAUUUUCAGUGUAGGUUUUUGUCACUCCUGCUCCAGCCCCCUUGGCCUCAUUUGGCUUAAAGGCAGUGUAGAGAGAGUUCUCGUCACUCUGGUGUGCUGAAUCAAGCCCCGUCUCCCGGCAGGUACACCCUCCUUUCCCUCCAGCUGGAACCCCUCUUUGCAUGGCACCCCGCCCCAGGCCUUCAGCCCCGCCCCCACACCCAGUUUCUUCCCUCUCAAGUACCCUGAGCAGAGACAUCCAACGGUUGGACUUCCAACCUUUCCCCCUUGCCAAGUCACAUUUCCUUACAACCAAGUUUUCUCCUCCCAAGUAAGCAGUGAUUACCAGGGAAUACCAACCUGCAAGUUAAAAAGCCUGCAUUUUCUGAAACAUCAGUUUUACCGAAAUGGUUUGGAGUCGGGGGAUGACCUUCUUUUUUGAUAAAACAGCUACAUUAUGAAAUAGAGUGUUCAUACACAGUUAAGAUAGAGAGGGACACUUCAGAGGGAAUGCUUAUUUGCAAGUGGGGUACGUGGUCCCUCUCCUCUGCCUUUAGUGGUAUUUUGGUGUUCACUUCCGAGAAGUACAAUUGGAACUGUAUCCAAGCAGCUGACUCGGGGCCUAGACCUCUAGUCGCCUCUGAAGCAAAACUGAAGGCGCCUGCACUGGGAGAAGUCCCUCUUCCAGCCUGCCUGCCUGUGACCUGUGUACCUGGCACAGAGCAUUAGGGCCAGCUGGUGUGUGUGUGUGCAGGAUGGUUUUGAGGCAGAAACAGUACUUACUGUAAGAAUCCUAUUUAUGUCAUUGUUCAAUCCUGUGCAUGCUAUAAAAUUAUUUCUUUGGGGCCAGGAAGCUACCAGGCGUAUAUGCUUCUGGGUUAAGAUUAUCCUAGCUCACUAAAUAUGUUAGGAUGUUGGGACUGAGAGUACUUUGGGCUGUUAAAAAAAAAAAAGUAUUUUUCUCUCAAACUGGUGGCCAACAAAUGGCUAAGACAAUUUCGGUGCUUUACCUGUCCUCCUGCAAAGACUGGAGAAUUUGGCAUACCACUAAUUACAACCCCCAACCGUAUCCCACAGAACUAUCCAUAAAGAAGGACAAGUGGCCACUCUUAUAAGAGUUUAAAAGCCAGAAGAUGAAGAAGAUUUUAGGGUCUGGAUGCUUGUGUUUGUCUUUCCCCAAUAAUUAUUGUUUCAUCUCUAAAUAGCAGCCUUAUCUUCACUAUGGAUAGACCAUUGGCUCCUCCCUACCUGAUUGUAUGUUAUUAGUUAAAAUCAGUAUUUGGGAAACCCAAGCAUUUAUGCAGCGGAUAUGAACGGAAAUAUAAAAAUACAUGCCAGCUUGUCUCAAUAUAUUAUCAUUAUAUUAUCAUAUCUCUGUAAUCCUCAAGGAAAGCCCUUUUGCUUUUACUUAAGAUUUCAGAUUUGCUUUAUGGGCUCCUGCGGUCUUCAGCACCUGAUAAAACUUUAACCAGGGAAGCAUUAAACACAGAGCAGCAGCUUCUGCCCAGGCUCCGGAGUCCCUGCCAACAGCAUUUCUCAGUGUAAGAACUAGGGUGCUUCCUGCAGUGGGGCCAGCUUCCCCCAGAGCUGGAGGAUGCGGCUCGGCCUUAAGCUCCUGCCAGGUGAGUAAGUUAGAGUGCUGAGCAGUGUGUGCCGACUGGCUGCAGGCUCUAGGUUUGCAGAAACCCCCAGGGAGACGUCAUCAAGGGCAGCAGGUAAUGAAUGUCUCCAGAAUGAAUUGGGUCCUCACAGCAGUCCCUGGCUACCUUCCAGAUUUGGGUUCUCUGGAGGCUGAGAGUGGGUUGGUCCUUUGAUUCGAUGUCCUGAAAUCCAGGGCAAUUCCAAGAGGUUCUCUUAGGAGUCUCAGCUCUGACAGCCCAGGAGGAGAAAUGACCUGUAUUGAGGACCAGCUGUGAGCCAGGCCCUGUACUUGGCCCCCAUUUGUCAGAUGAUAGAACGGAUGUGGAGUAAUAGAGCCCCUUGCCUUGAGUUACACAGCUAGGAAAUACUGGAGCUCUUCCUAACUUUGUGGUGGUCCGUGGUACAUCUACAGUACAGAGGGAGGAAAAGGCUUCCGGUUCCCCCACUGCAGUCUGACUAUCCCACUUUAUGGAUUCUUUUUCAAAGUUACAUUUCAUGGCUACCGUUUGGGCUCAGAAAUGGCAUCAAGGUGGCCUCACUCUUCCACCUUAGCAGGUCUGUGAAGUGCACAUUGCUAACUUGAGCCUGCCCCCAGGAGUUGGGGAGACCUUUCCUUUUUGGUGCCAUCCCCCAUAAACAAAGUGUCUCUAGGCCUUCAAGAGUAUAGAAGUUCUAAGAAAUAGUAAAAGUGGAGGGUGUUCUGCUCUAAGUUUAUCUGAAAAUGUCUGGUGCUGCAAUCCUGCAGAAAAGGAAAUCUUCAUAUUUGAGCCCAGCCGGUGCUGUGCUCUGUGAGGCUGUGUUAACUCAGAGUCCAGUGAAUCUAGACUUUCCUGCUGACACUGGUGUGUCUAUGCGCACACAUACACGAUAUGCGUGCAUCUGUAUAUACACACACGUAAACAUAUGCACACACAUGCAAUUUAAGAACUAAGGGGAAUCCAGAACAGCCCCUCAUUACCUUGCAUACCCCUGCAGAGGUUUCUGCCAGCCCUGAUCACAAGCGUCACCAGAUAGUCGGAGCUUCGGUGCUUGCUUACAAGGUGCUUACAAGAAGAACAGCUCCUUGGCGACGGUUGUCAGCUCCUAAAGCACUGAGCCAACAUGGCGCCCCUGAGGGGACUUCCCAGGCUGCUCCAAGAUGUCUAACGGUUUGGGUGACCCGGGGAUCUGUCCACUCUGGUCAGGCCUGAGGGCACAGCUGCUGAGUUUCUGACUUGUGGUUGUGGCAGGGCAUAGGAAGCCCUCUCCCCCACCUAGAAAAUAUUCCCUUUCUAAUACCUGAAAUUCCAUACUCAACAUAAUGGCCGCUCAGUACAUGCUUUGUAAUAAGAAAAUCGGUUGCAUGUUUACUGUGUGCCUAGCACAUCUGGAAGUUUCUAUUUAAAACACAAAUCUCAUUUUGGAUGAACUUGGCCCAGCCUUAGGAGAGAAAGAAGGCCCAUAGGGGAGAGUUGAGAUCUCAUUACCAUUGCCUCUACCCAGCGGCCUUCUAAAACCCCCACCCCAGCCCAUUCCAAGACCCAGAGGCCCAGGGGAUCUGCCUGGUAGAAGAGUAGCAUUCGAAACUGAGAACACACCAGAAACAGCAGAGCAAGUGCCAGAGCAGGAAAAGGAAAACGAAUUAAGACACUUGUGGGUAUACUGGUGCAAAAGUUGCCACAGAGCCCUGGGCUUGAUAUGACCUUGAGGGGACAGUAGAUUUAUAUUAACAGGAGUCAAACCUGACCAGUCUUUGUACAGUGACAGGCCACACUGCAUGGGGGUGGGGGGGCAACCGACGAGCCCUUUGUCCUCUGCCUGUUUUCCCGUGCACAGUCACAUUCCCUCCUUAGUCACCUUCCUCUUUCACCCUUCACAUUAAACAAGGGGACACGCGAUCUUUCAAGGGAAUUACACAUUUGAGUUAAUGUUUCAGUAUAUCAUUUUCAUACUGUAAAUUAUUUUGUAAGAGAGAUUUACCGCUAUCCCAGGAUGUUUGGACUCAGUGCCCCUGUGCAUUUGGAAAUCAAUAAACUAUUACUGGAAAUACCA